CGACAGCCUGCGAAAGUGCAUACUUUGCAACGACCUGAUACUAGUAGUACUUAAAAUUGAGUGAAAAGUAAUUAGUUACUGCGUAACUGUUAUCAAGGUUAUCUUUAUCGGUUAAUUCUUCGUAACCGGUCUGCAACCGUACCGGUUAACUUAAUCGGACUAACCGUUUGAGCCCUACUUUAUUCCCUACGACCCUAGCUCCUAGGCUAAGCCUAAAAUCCGUGUGAAUGCCGCGCCGGCAGCUCGACAGCCUAGACAGGUCAGAUCUACGAUUCGAACUCUCCCAUGAUCUACUGCUAGCCUGAACCAGGCAUGGGUCCAGUGCGGGCGCGACUAGACUGUCUUGUCAUCACAUCCCUCUCUCAUGCUCAAGCUGUAGAUCUACUGAUCGUCUGAUCGUCUGAUCAUGUGCCAGAGGCAGCUCCAUUCCGGCAUUCUCCAGUUUACAACCAAAAACCUUGGUUUUAGUUAUUUUUGUCCAGACUCGCACUAUUCCAUCGAAGUAGCGGAGAGGAAGACCCUUGCCUCUGGAUGGUUCCUCUUACUCGCACACGAGUAGUUCAGUACUAGUUCUACGGUGAGUUUGCAUGCCGUUUUCAAGUUAGUUAUAUCAGACUCUCAACUUGAGUAACAGCAUUUCUAGUGCUUCUCGGAUAUUGGCCGAGUCAAAACUUAGCUUCUCGCUCGCGACCUAGUAGAUCCACCUACUGCUAGUAGUAGUAGUACUGCACUCUGCAGUUGUCGUACCAGCGCUGCAGCCCUUCAGUGCUGGGGUGCUAUGCUUGGACGCCCUGCCAAUACCGCGCAUAAAUAUCUCGCGCCAGGACGUGGACACGUCUUUGCAUUGCCAUUGGAUCCGUCUCUUGCCAGUUUCAGCUAGCUGUGCUCCCGUCGCUGUUGCUAGUACUAGUAGCAGUAGUGUUCACGAGCCAGUCGAGCAAAUCAGCAGCUGACAGUACCGGUGGGAAUAGCAGGAGGCGGUGGGCUGACGAUCAACUUUUCUAUAUUUGACUUCAAUCAAAGUCACCACCGACUACCAGACCAGCGGGUGCUAGGCCGCGGGUCUCUUGUCUGCCAACGGUUGUGGUGAGUGGCCAGGAAAACGAUGGCUACGUAAUGAUGGAGGACCACGAUGCUGAACGCCGGUCUUCGUCUCCUGUGGCAACGUGCGAGCGAGUAGAACCAUUAGAAACUGCACCUCCGGUUCCGCCUUCUAUCACCUUCAACAAACCAGCAAUGGACCCGGAUGCCUCCGAUAUCGAAUCAUCAUCAUCAUCGCGAACCGGAAGCAUUCAGAGCCUACAUGAAAAGCGCCGACGCUACUCUGAGGAGGCCAAGGCCCUGAAGUCUGCAGGCGCUAGUAAAGACGCUGCUUCGCCAGUCGCCAGCAACUCCAUGUCUCUGGAUGGUGCCUCCCGGAUGCACAGCACCUUCCCUCGUUCAAAGGUGGAUCGAUUUCUAGAAAGGGAGAGCUCUACUCACUUGUCAGCUCAUGCAGGAACUCGACGAGGCAGCUUUAUAUUUCGACAGAGCUCCAAAGGCUCGAGCAACUCAAGCGUCGCCGCAAGCUUACUUUUUGAUGGAGGAAAAGAGGAAGAGCUGAUUACACCAUUCAAUCAGACAACCCACUCGCUGAAGAAAGCCAUUGCACUGCAAGAAAUGGCUAUUAGUGAAUGUGAAAAAUUGUACAGAAAAGCAGCGAAUGAAAGUACCUCUUCUAGCUUCGACAAUGCCGGAGAUGAGUCACUCGGUACUCAAAUCGGCCGGCUUACUCGUGUGCUUGAGGUCCUCCGUGUCUGCAGUCGAGACUUGGAUGAAAUGGGCACCCAGGAGAGGACGGUGGGCAAGUUUGCUGCCGAGAAGUUUGCUAGUAUGCUGUCUGAGGAGGUGAGCGCACAGCCGAAUGUCGCUGACUGGAUUUCCAACCAAUUCACGACUGCAAAACCUAUUCGUCGCUCGGCCCUGGUGGAGAGCAGCACACCGCGUCCCCGGCAUUCAAUUGCAUCCAUCAACCACGCUCACCAUCCAUUGUCACCUACCCUAGUUCACAGCGUGAGCAUGCCAAGCACAACAAACAGACACAUGGGAGCCAUUGCCGAACCUAACGUCGAUGAAACGGAUGGCCCAAUCGGAGCUGAUUCCUACACGUCUCACCAGCGGCCAAGCCUCAACUCCUACUCCAAAAAGCUACCACUGCCAGUCAUCGACAGUGCCUCUGAGCAUUCCUCGAUUGUGGAUGAUGAUGCUAGCGAGGAGCAUCCAGCAGAGACGGAUUCGUUUACUUUCUCAUUGACAUUUGCCACUGGGGCUGGCUUGCGCUGUACUGACAUGGAGAGUUUACACUCUCUGAUGCGGGAUCUCGACUCGUUCCGCUUCGACAUCUUUAAGGUUGCUGAAUUGACGUAUGACCGACCGUUUGUACCAGUUGUCAUGUCAUUAUUUAAGGAGUGGAACCUACUGCGUGACCUAGAGAUCAGUGACAGCGUAAUGGCAAACUACCUAACGGAAAUCGAGCUCAAGUACUGCUCUAAAAAUCCGUAUCAUAAUAGCUGGCAUGGUGCUGAUGUGGCUCAGACGGCACAUGUACUCAUCUUGAAGGGAGGUCUGGAGAAACAUUUCAGCCGCCAGGAGAUCUUUGGCCUACUGCUGUCGGCAGCAGUUCAUGAUGUUGGUCAUAUUGGUUAUAACAAUGAUUACCUCGUCAAGACACGUCAUGAAUUGGCCCUUAUGUACAAUGACCAGUCUGUGUUGGAGAACCUCCAUUCAUCUAUAGCCAUCACCUUGGGUGAGGACAAAACAAAGGAUUGUCAGAUCUUUGACAGCUUUAAUUACUCCGAGUACUGUGAUGCACGUGCUCGUAUUAUCAAGCUGAUCUUGGCAACCGAUCCGAAAAAGCAUGUGGAAAUGCUGGGCUCUUUCACCAGCUUUUCCGAAGGUAUCAGUGUCAACGAUGUGCGGGCAGAGAACGGUGGAAGUAUUUUCCGUCCGAAUGACGCCUCCGAAAAGUCACUGGUGCUGGAGACUCUGCUACACUCUGCUGACAUCAGCAACCCAUGCAAGCCGCAUCAUCUCAGCCAAGCGUGGACUAACCGUAUAGUCAGUGAGUUUUACGCCCAGGGCGACAAAGAGAAGGCAGCUGGCUUCACACCGCACAUGGUGUUUGAUCGUAACAGUGGCGUGCCGCUGUAUGAUAUGCAGAUUGGAUUCAUCAAAGGUAUUGUACAGCCACAGUGGGAGGCAUGGCAUUUGUUCUCGCGCCACGCACUGGAGGAGGACUUUGACGAACCACUAGAUAACCUCAGCAACACCAUGAACCACUGGGAGACUUUAAAGCAAGCUGAUGGAGACAUGAAGGAAAGAGCAGAAGCUGCUAAAGCAGCGGGCGAUGACCUCGUCCCGAUCAGCAUUGAAAGCACCGGUGCCAAUGGAGGAGAGGCGAUAGUAGCUGAAGAGGGGCAUUCUGAGGAUGCGCCGGAGCAGGCCACAGCUGAGCAGGCCACAGCUGAGGAGGCCACUGCUGAGGAGGCCACAGCUGAGGAGACUGCACCCAAGGAGACUGCAUCUGAGAGCGAUCCAGCUUAGAAGAAAAGUCACCACCGCUGUUCUAACUGUUUGCAGUUACCACCACCCCAUCGAUGUCACCAUCGUUGUCCCCGUCGUCGUUUGUUGUAGAUAAUGAUUUGUCAAUAUCCUGCUUGAUAUAUGGGAAGCUUGGUGGUGUAGCGAUGUCAAAGCGAAAUGCUCGCUUCCCUCUUGAGAAUCGGACUCAUCGCCAAUUAUCAUCGACCUCAUCCACAGUUAUGAUGCAUAAUGUGAUGAUUGCGGACAAUAUGACCGCAGCGCGUUUGACUGAUACGCUUACUAUCUUCACUAGACUUUUUGUAAAUACGUGUUGUCACGCAUUGCCACGCUCAUGCCAAUCUCAUUACUACGCUAGGUCCCCAGUAACAAAGGCAAGUAACAAAGUGUAGGGAUCGUUGAGACCGACCAACUGAUAAUAUUAAUAGUAUGUUAAAAACCAGUGGUGGAUCUGAGCUUUUUUUUUGUCUCGCACUACACCACCACCACCACAUGUGUGGUAGGCUGGCCCUAAUGAAACUGUCCUGGCAUUACUGUCUGGCUUUGACUGUGCAUGCAGUGUGUAAUUCUUGGCAAGGGGAUUUUUUGUAAUUUCGAAACUGCAAGCUCCUGCCGCAGUUCUGCUUUACUCUCUUUCUCGCCUUCACAUGCGUUGGUGGUAAAUUAGGCUGGGAGAGCCGACAUUGCUUCUGAUUAAUUUAAUCCCCAACACCCCCUUCCAUCUUUCAUAAAUUUAGUAAUACUGCUCUCUCAGCACAACCGUGCGUCGUGUAUCAGGACGCGACGAUGGGUUAUUUUGAAUUACCAAUGUUGUUUGUUCUUAGUGAUUUCAAUCAAGCAUUUCAAGUAUGACUUGCUUUUUUUUCUCUCGUUUUCCCUGGAAUUCCUUUUCGAUCAAGUGUAAAACAAAGAUAAUAAUUAUAAUCAACGUUUAAUACGGUAA